AUGGACGUCACGCGAGACAACUUCGAGGAGGCCCUCAGUGCCCUGCAGGAGGCCAUAGACGACCCCCUUUUCGCCUUCUGGAGCUUCGACUGCGAGUUCACGGGCCUCAACGCCAGUCCCACCACCGGCCACGACCUGCUCGACACCCCCGAGGAGCGCUUCGCGAAGGUGCACGCGUGCGUUCGCGCGUUCACCGUCCUGCAAGUCGGCGUCGCGAUCUUCUCGUUCGAUCCCCAUACUCGGCGAUGGACGUGCCGGCCGUUCAACUUCUGGACCAUCCCGGACGCCAAGGCGGGGCGAGGGGUCUUCUCCGCGCAAGUCGCCAGCCUGCAGUUUUUGGUGGAUUGCGGGUUCGACCUGAACAAGUGCGUCGCGAGGGGGAUCCCAUUCGUGCCCGCGGCGGAGCGCUCUCGGGCGGCGGCGCGAGAGGCGCGGCUCGCGCAGAGGCCGCCGAUCAUCCCGUCGUCGGACAGGGACAAGGCUUUCGUCGCCAACCUACUCAUCAAGGUGGCGGAGUGGCUCUCGCGUUCGGACGACGACGGGGACGGGGACGGGGACGGGGCGCGCGACGAGGACCUGUGCCUGGAUCCGACAAACGGUUUCUUGAGGGCGCUGACCUACCAGAUACUCGAGGGGGACCCCUCGAGGUUCGGCGGGAAUAAGGCGCGGGACGACCCGGGUUUCAUCGCGAGCACCUCGUGCGACUUCGCGGACGGCCGGCCGAGGAUCGUGCUGUCGCGCGCGAGCAGAGAGGAGGUGGCGACGCACAGAGCCGCGAAGGAAGCGGCGGAUAGGAAGAAGGACCAGAUGAAGGAGGGGUUCGGCUUGGUUUUGGCCAAGCUCGGGGCGUGCGGGCGUCCGUGCGUGGGUCACAACGCCCUGUUCGACUGCGUGUACGUCGUGGACAAGUUUCUGGCCGAGUUGGACGGUUCGUUCGAGGGUUUCAAGCGCGAAUUCGACAGAACCGUCAAGGGUGCCUUUUACGAUACCAAGCUCAUAGCGCAGAGGUUCAUGGACGGAUACCUGGACACCCUGCAGGAAUACGGCGAAUCCAGACCGAAAGCCACGCGUACGCGGCGGCCUGGGUCGGGAGAGGGAGAAGACGCCGCCUUACCUGGGGGCACGUCCAGCAGCAGGCGCGCGACGGACGGCGGCGGCGACGAGGGCACAUCCAGCGGCGUGCGCGCGCGGACGAUUUCAACGACGGGGAACGCCGCCGCGGACGUUGAAACGGCCAAAGAAACGGCCAAUGGAGACGCGUCGCUCGCCCGUCCAUCGCCGGGAAACCUCCCCGCGCCCCUCGACACCGCGCUCGGCCCGCUGUACCGCGCACUGUCCUCCAGGCCCUUACCGCCCAUGUGGACCGAGGAGCUCCUUCGCGAGCGUCACGGGUCGACGCGAGCGGAGGCGGCGGCGAACGCGGAGGCGGAGGCGAACGAGCCGUUCGGGGGCGCUGGAACGCAGUGGCGCGGCGACGGCGGCGCGAUCCUCGACUGGAUCGCCUUCCCCGACGCCUUCCAGAGGUACGACUCCGCUCUGCGAAUCGUCCCAAACAGGAGCCAAAGAGACGACGUCGUGGCCGCCGCGUACGGAACACACAAACGCGUUUCGCACUCGUUCGGGUUUGAACACGAGGCUGGCUACGACGCGUACAUGACGGGAGUGUGCUUCAUCGUGAUGGUCCUCCACUCCCGCGGGGUGAUGGCGUCGUCGGAGCACGGGCAGGUGCGCGUGUUUGCCGAUCCUGACGCCUUCGCCGGCGUCGACGCGGCGACGGGGCUGCCGGAUAGGAACCGCAUCGGGCGGCUCGGCACGUGCGCCUUCUCCGCCGCGGACGGCGUCGUCCCUCUGCAGCGCAGCGACAUGUCGCAGAUGUCCUUAAGGCCCGGCACCGUGGACGUCGUACCGGACCGGGGGAACGUGUACUUUCUCGUCGGCGUCACGCAGGGGACGACCACCGCCGCCGUGGCGCAACUUCUCGCCGCCGCGGGACUCGGGAUACCCCUCCACAUCGUCUUCGUGGACAAGGGCACGGUGCGGGUCAUCAUGCACGGCAAGCAGUACGCGGGUAACGUCGCGCACACGCACUACGCCGGGGCAUUUGGCGGCGGCUUGCGGUCCAAUCGAAGGGACCCGGGCGCGACGGUGAUGCGCGACAGGCUUCGCGCGGUGGGCGCCGGGGUGGAGGUGCUCGCCUACACCGAGUGGGUCAGGGCCAAGGCGUACGAGCGCGAGACGGAGGCUUCGAACGCGGCGGCGGUUGCGGCUAAUCUCGCGGCCGAGCUCGCGAAACGCACGAGGUCCACGGCGCAGAUCUCCGCCGAGGUUCACGCGGGAACGUAUUACUCGCGGAGCGCGUCUCUGAGCGGGGCUGGGGGUUUCCUCGGGGCUCUCCUGGGUCGAAGCGGGUCGAAGCGGCGCAGGGAGGACGGCGGGGCUCCGGCCGGGUUCCCGCCGCGCAAGCGGACGCGGUCCGAGUACGGCUGCGUCGUGAUGUGA